AUGCCACGAAAAGAAAACAUAAAGUCACUAAUUCCAAAUGUAUUGAAAGUUGUGAAGAACCAAAUUGAUGAACAACAUUACUUAAAAGAAAGCAAGAAACAUGCUUUGACUUAUACAAAUUCAAAAUUUAUUCAUCAUAAUAAAACACUAGAAACUACGAUUCAAUGUGUUGGUUCAUUAUAUAAUCAAUCUUGUUUGUAUCAUAAUUUAUAUUAUGUUGAUAGUGAAUUUAUGGUUUUAACAGUAAAAGGAACAUAUUUACCUACAUAUUCUGUAAGAAUAGACGCAUUUGUACUAUGGCCUACAACACCAAAGGAACGCGUUUUUGAUUCAUAUUCUGAUCUUGAAAAAUUUGUUCGCACUGUCAUUGAUCCAAAGAUAAUCUCCUCUGUCACUCUUUAUUUUGGUCAAUAUUGGCAUGAUAAUAUUGGUCAUGCACU